GUUGGUAAAUUCUCUAUGGAAGGUGUUAAUGACCAGAAGGGGGUCAGGCUAGUUGAAAGUGCUAAGAAGAAAUUGGUUGGUUCAGACUCUUGUUGGCAAAAUGCUUAUCGGCAUCUCUUUUCUGGGUGCUCAGAGAUUUUCGCUGUCGAAGAGAAGCGGUCGAGAUUUGCUUGGCAUCUUAGUGAUUGCUUUCAGAAGGACUCUGGCAGGCCUCCUUUUCCUUCAUGUGACCCAAAAUCUGUCAUGUAUAAAUGCCUGAAAAGUUUGAAUGACUAUGAGCAUAAGGUCUAUCUGGAAUUCUACCUUGAGACCAAUUCAAUCUGCCAUCAGUUACAGGCUCGAGUAUUUAAGCAUGAAACAGAGAGACUGGUGAAUGAACUUAAAAAUUCAGCCCAAUAUGCAGAAGGCAAGUUGGAAAAAAUUGAAGAGAAGGCAGAGUAUCUACUGCAGGGCUCAAAUCAAAUAUAUGAGUCUUUGAAUUCAAUUGAUGUUCAAACACAGCAAGUUGCUCAAACUGCAAAAAAUGUGGAAGAUCAUGUAGACGUCGUAUUGAAGCAUUCGGCAGCAGUUUAUGAGCAAUCCAGGAAAAUCCAAGCUUCUCAAUCAGAGCUGCAAGAAGGACAAGUAGAAAUGAAGAGAAACUUGAAAGAUGGAAUGGCAAUGCUGCAAGAUUCAUACAGCCAUUUGGGCCAAGAGAUUGAUAACUUAAGAAAUGAGGCAGUUGAAAUUGAAAAGGAGAUAACUAAAGUUGGAGACCAAAUGUCAUCUAGGAUGGAGAAUCUGCAAAGCAAAGCAGAUGAUAUUGGGAAUAUGGCUGGGGUCUCUUUGGAUAAGCAACAUCAGCUUCUCGAUGGACAGACGACUGCUCUCAAGGAUCUUCAGUUUUUAACAAAAUUUCAAUCUGAAGCAUUAGAAGAGAGCAGGAGUACACUUCACCGGUUAGCUGAAUAUGGCCAUAGACAACAAGAAGAGCUUCUUCAAAAGCAACAACAGCUUCAACAAGUUCAUGAUCACUUGAUGGAAAAUUCAAAGUCAAUCUUGGCAGCUCAGGACUCUUUUGAAUCAAAGCAAGCCAGCAUGUUCAUUGCAUUAGACAAGCUAUUCACUUUGCACAAUGCUAUGUUGCUUGAAUCGCGCUUAAUCAAAGCUUUCUUUAUUUACUUUAUAUCGAUGUUUGUUAUCUACAUGUUCACAAGCACAAAGCAAACAUACACAGUUAGACCUUGGCUAUAUAUUGGGCUGUGUGCCACAUUCUUGAUAGAAGUAGUGACAAUUCGGUUCACCCCGAUUGACAUUCAACAGCAAACAUGGAAAAUAAACCUUUUCCGAUCAACCUUUGCUGUAAUUGCUUUAGUUAAGCUAAUACAUGCAAUUUUCACAUACAGGGACUAUGAAGUGUUGAACAAUAAGUUGUUACAUACAUUGAUUGAGAAGGUUAAUGGCAUGCAAAGAUACCGGAAGUUGUCAUGGGAGGAAGAUAGUGAAUUUAACUGGUCCUCUUGGAUUGACACCCACUUACCAGAAGACGUAGACAGUUCUGAAGACCCUGACUACUUAGUUCCUGAAGAAGUUGGGGAAAAUUUUAUCACAGCUUCAACUAUAAAAGAAUAUGAUCUCCGCCAACGUCUUCUUCGUUGAAAACUUUCUUAGUCUUGUACAUUUGAACUCAUAAUUUUUAUGUUCU